AUGGAGGCCGACUUUUCCCUCCUCAAUGACGAUUUCGAAGACGUCUUCCACACCCCGCAUCAGAUCCAGCUCCGGACUCCCUUUCGUCUUCUCGACCUUCCGCCCGAGCUAUGGCUAAGGAUAUGCGAGUUCGCAGUCACCAAGCCGACAGCGAUACGAGUUGGUAAGGAGCCAAACCCAGAAGAUCAAAUGGCAGUGGUUCGGCAACCCGCCAUCACGCGAGCAAGUCGCCUGCUGCGGGUUGAGGCUCUGCCAAUGUUCUACGCAUUAAACACCUUCGAAAUGCUACAUUGCUUUGGUGUCCCUUGUCCGCGCAAGUGGAUCACGGCUAUUGGAACAACCAACCGGCAGCGUAUGAAGGCUAUGCUUAUGAUAAGCAGCUGUGAUCUUGGCUUUUGGGAGGGCUCAUAUCGACGUGCAUCAAUGGACGUGAGCGUCGAAUUUCCAGGGAGUGAGCCGAGCCCAGUUCCGCUCUUCACAGGCUUCAACAUGUUCAAAGUCUCUUUCAACUAA